AUGUCAAAAUUAUGUCUGAAUAGUGAUGGCGACGAGAAGAAAUUCCGCAAACCAUCAUUCAACAUGCUAGACAAUUUUCAGAUACUUUUAUUGAUACUGACAGAGACCGAAGACAUCUGGCAGAAAGACCAGACAUCUAUGAUAUGGGACCUAGACAUCAUUCCAAAUGUCAUAUUUCAAUCGACUGAUGAACCACAGGUGAUUGAUGCCAUAAUAAGGGCAUCAUUACCACAGUUAGGUGAUGAUAAUUGGCUUCUCUUAGGAUUCACAAAUGAAACUGAAGGCCAGAGACAAAGGGAAUUAUAUGUCACAAAGGCUUUUGCUGCAAGUAUUGAUGAUAUGCAACAAUCUCCCCUUUCAACUUCACAUACAUCACCUAUUUUGUUGCCAUCAAUACCCACCAUUUUGCCAUCAUCCUCUUCUUCUUUGCAACAAUCUAUUAUACCUCCAUCAUCUCAGCCAAAUCCUUAUCAGACCAACAGUCAUUAG